CCUAAAUUACUGGUUCUUUUUGAGAAGACUGAUUAUUUUCCAAAACAACUUAUUUAACCCGUGGAAGGAGCUUAAAUGAAGCGAAAAACGAGUGAAAUUUGGUGUUUCUUCCGGGCUGUGGAUGACACCUAUGCGUUGUGCAACAUCUGCAAGGCAAAGUUGUCCUACAAGACGACCACCACCAAUCUCAGCAAACACAUGAACAGGAUGCACCCAACGUCUCCCCUGUCGCAGAACCACAAAUACAAAUAUCAAACGACGGGUAGCAGUAGCGCCAUGGACCGGAAUAAGGGCAAGCCUCGGAACUCGACGCAGGAGGUGAUCCUGCUUGAGUUCGUAAAGAAGCAUCCGCGGCUGCUGCAGAACCCGACGUGGGAAACGCGGAGCAAUUUGGAGUCGUUGUGGGAGCAGCUCACCUCAGACCUGAAUCGUCAUGGACCCCCGCGAAAGGACGUGGCCACCUGGAAGAAGGCUUUGAAGGACUGGAAGAGGUUCAUCCUAAAGAAGGUGGAAAAGAAUGAGAUGCACAAUGUCCCCUUUGGUACCAGUCUCAAUUCGUCAGAGGAAACAAUAGCCACGUUGUGCCGCCUCAACGAGGAUGUUAGCCAAAUCAUCAUGAAGGUUUCCGAUGACGACGAAAUGAACGAUGACCACUCCGCCACCGAGUUUGAUGUGGACGACGUCGAGGAUGUGGUUCCGGAGGAUGACACUAAUGCCCUGAACACCUCCACCGAUUUCGUUUAUGAGCCGGAGGAAACCAAAGCUGACAUAGACCCUCUUUACCUGCAGUCCAGUAAACGUGCCGCGUUGGCAGCGAGUCGAACCGACGAAGAAACACUGCUGCUGGAGAAAAUUAGCAAUAAUAUUGGCAUUGUCAACGAUGCCACGAGCAGCGCCCUUAACGAGUUCUGUGUCCUGUACAAGCAGAAGUUGUAUGAGGACAAGCGGCACCACCUCGCCAUCGAACAGUUGAUGGCGGAAAAAAUCGAAUUAAAGAAGAAACUCUUAGAAAUCGAACAGCGAAAGCUGUUGCUUAAAUGACAAAAUUCACACCCAAUAAAAUAAUUUAGUCUUAAGGAUUAAGGACAUUACAUAAGCUAAAGUAAGUGUUGUUUAUAUUCCAUCUUAGGCAAACAAAGACGUGACAUUUAAAUAUAUUAAAA